UUCUCUCAGCGAGUCAACAACAUGGCGGAAGGAGACACAGAAAUUACGUUUAAAAAGGAGACUGUUGGCAAACUUCUAUCCAGCUUCUUCAAGGAAGACAAAACCAGAUUGAGUGUAGAGGCCACACUACUAAUGGCGGAGAUGCUGAAAGUCUUUGUCCAAGAGGCGGCCGUGCGCUCUCUAAAACAAGCAGAACGCGAGGACUGCGACGAGGUGGACAUCGAGCACUUUGAAAAGAUCCUGCCUCAGCUGCUGCUGGACUUCUAACCAACACAAGAUGGCGCCAGAGUGUUUCUUGCAUGGUACAUUUUUUCCCCCUUCUUCCUUUCGUGACAUUUCCGACCCCCACUAGGAAAAGAACCAUUAAACGCCUCCUCCCUGCAUUGUUUUUGUUUUGAGCCGUGUGCCCGUUGCGGGAAAGAAACAAGAGCAGCGCCCCACCACCUGUGCUCCCCUGCGCAACAACAGGUGCUCCCAGCAUGCUCGGCGGGCGCCCCGCAUCAAAGCCUCCCGCGGCAGUUGGAAGCAAUUAGUGUAAUAAGGGGAGCAGCCAGUCUCUUAGAUGAUGACAAGUGCCAGGAACCCAAAAAAAAAAAAAAAAAGGAAAAGAAGUACCCCCUCCGGCCACUUUGAAGUUCCCUUUUGCUGUCCUGCGAUGUUUAGUUAGAGGUGGAGGGAAGGCCAAAGGGGAGCUCUGGCGCAGGGGGAAAGUUCAUCGUGUGUGUGCGUGCGUGCAUGCGCGCUUUGGCCAAACACGGGCCGGGAGACCACACGCAUAGACAUUCUGUUUGAAGGGAAACAUAACAAAACACAGUGGAACACGCUCCAAAGAGGUGCAGGGUGUCAUUGUGAAGGUAAAUAAACACUAAACAAAAAUGAGAGAGAGAGAGAAGCUCUUCUUCCUUUCAUCCCAGUGGAAGUUCUCGUAAGGCUUUUUCCUCCAUUGUGAGUCAGCGUAACACCUCACGCUAUUUACUGGUGUGACUCACCAGCCGGGAGUCCAUCUGGAAGCGAGUCGGGCGGGGGCCAAAGGUGGAAUUCCACACGGAGCUUUAUUUUAGAAUCUUGCCGCCGCUAAUUUGUCGGGUGGAUAACAACUGACGCUCGAUUUGGCGACUUCGUUACUGCAGUCAGCAAUGAGUGUUUGCAGUAUCUAUCCCAGCAAAUGAUAGAGAUGGGCGAGAAAAAAAAUAAUGACUGAUUGUAGGGCUGCGACUAACGAUUAUUCUUAUAAUUUAUUAAUCGGACGAUUAAACGAUUAACUCAUUCACUCCUAGCCAUUUUGGAUGUGGAUUCUGCCCCCUCAGUGUCAAAGGGGGCUCUUGGAGUCUCGUCAGUUAUCAGUUGGAUAUCGGGCGUUCUUCGAUGCUACUUGUUUUAGGACAGAACGCCCUGCUCUUUGUCCUGGAGUGCCCGGGAGAACUGAUUGCGAGAGGUGUUGCGUCAAUCUUGCUCAUGACGCACGUUGGGCUUCUGUGAUAAGAUGGCGUUGUGUAUCUUUAAUGCCCUGUAUUCGGCUUCUUUCCAUUCCACUAUUGUAUAAGUGCUGUUUAUUUUAUAUUUGGUGUGUUAGAGUAAUACAAACCGUCCUACAGUAAAUAUGAGUGAACAGUUACAGUGGGGCAAAUAAGUAUUUAGUCAACCACUAAUUGUGCAAUUUCUCCUACUUGAAAAUAUUACAGAGGUCUGUAAUUGUCGACAUGGGUAAACCUCAACCAUGAGAGACAGAAUCUGGAAAAAAAACAGAAAAUCACAUAGUUUGAUUUUUAAAGAAUUCAUUUGGAAAUCAUGGUGGAAAAUAAGUAUUUGGUCAAUACCAAAAGUUCAUCUGAAUACUUUGUUAUGUACCCUUUGUUGGCAAUAACGGAGGCCAAACAUUUUCUGUAACUCUUCACAAGGUUUUCACACACUGUUGCUGGUAUUUUGGCCCAUUCCUCCAUGCAGAUCUCCUCUAGAGCAGCGAUGUUUUGGGGCUGUUGUUGAGCAACACGGACUUUCAACUCCCUCUGCAGAUUUUCUAUGGGGCUGGGAUCUGGAGACCGGCUAGGCUACUCCAGGACCUUGAAAUGCUUUUUACGAAGCCACUCCUUUGUUACCCUGGCUGUGUGUUUGGGAUCAUUGUCAUGCUGAAAGACCCUGCCACGUCUCAUCUUCAAUGCCUUUGCUGUUGGAAGGGGAUUUUCACUUAAAAUCUCUCGAUACAUGGCCCCAUUCAUUCUUUCCUUUACAAAGACCAGUCGUCCUGGUCCCUUUGCAGAUAAACAGCCCCAAAGCAUGAUGUUUACACCCCCAUGCUUCACAGUGGGUAUGGUGUUCUUCGGAUGCAAUUCAGUAUUCUUUCCCCUCCAAACACGAGAACCGGUGUUUCUACGAAAAAGUUGUAUUUUAGUUUCAUCCGAACAUAUCACAUUCUCCCAGUCCUCUUCUGGAUCAUCCAAAUGCUCUCUAGCGAACCGCAGCCGGGCCUGGACGUGUACUUUCUUCAGCAGGGGGACACGUCUGGCAGUGCAGGAUUUGAGUCCCUGGCGGCGCAUUGUGUUACUGAUAGUAGCCUUUGUUACUGUGGUCCCAGCUCUCUGUAGGUCAUUCACUAGGUCCCCCCGUGUGGUCCUGGAAUUUUUGCUCACCGUUCUUGUUAUCAUUUUGACGCCACGGGGUGAGAUCUUGCAUGGAGCCCCAGAUCGAGGGAGAUUAAUCAGUGGUUUUGUAUGUCUUCCAUUUUCUAAUAAUUGCUCCCACAGUUGAUUUCUUUACACCAAGCGUUUUAGCUAUUGCAGAUUCAGACUUCCCAGCCUGGCGCAGGUCUACAAUUUUGUCUCUGGUGUCCUUCGACAGCUCUUUGGUCUUGGCCAUAGUGGAGUUUUGAGUGUGACUGACUGAAGUUGUGGACAGGUGUCCUUUAUGCCGAUAAUGAGUUAAAACAGCUGCCAUUAAUACAGGUAACGAGUGGAGCCUCGUUAGAAGAAGUUAAACCUCUCUGAUAGCCAGAAAUCUUGCUUGUUUGUACUGUAGGUGACCAAAUACUUGUUUUCCACUCUAAUUUGGAAAUAAAUUCUUUAAAAAUCAAUUGAUUUUCUGUUUUUUUUUCCCCACAUUCUGUCUCUCAUGGUUGAGGUUUACCCAUUUUGAUGAUUACAGGCCUCUAAUCUUUUCAAGUAGGAAAAUUUGAGCAAUUGGUGGUUGAUUAAAUACCGUAUUUUUUGGACUAUAAGUCGCGUUUUUUUUUUCUUCAUAUUUUGGCUGGGGGUGCGACUUAUACUCUGGAGCGACUUAUGUGUGGAAUUAUUAACACAUUAUGAUAUAAUUUCACAUGUUAUUUUGGUGUUUUGCAGUGACACUGAUGGUUUUGUAAAGUUGUUAACACCAGGGGUGGCGCAUGUGACCUCGGGGAACAUGCUUUUUUUUUUCUUUUUUUGCCAUAAUAGAAUAAAGUGUACUUGCACAUCCACUCAGUGGGUGGCAGUGGCGCUCUCAUUUUUAAAGUGUGCGCAGUAUUUUUGAAGUAAGCAAGCGCACGCAGACGAGAGAUGAAGAGCUGUGCGCCGUUUUCGAAAGCCGUUUUCCGGCCGGACUCACUCAGCGACCCACUGUCUUCUCUGGUUCUCACGUGUCCGCCCGAGACGUGCCAUUUUCGGCUUGGGAUCGUCACGACGACCGCCGUCACCUACGGUUCUCCCUCGGCCGCCGAGAAUGCGCUUUUUUCGGGCCGUUUGCCUUUUGGCUUUGACAUUUAAUACAGUGGUAGGUGAGGAAAGACCACUGUUUACUGUGUCUAAAAAUGAUUAUAGCGGACAGCCGGAAGCCAAAUCAAUUAAGACGCCACUUAAAGACAUUAGACCCCAAUCUCAUUGAUAAGCCGCUUGGUUAUUUUUCAGCGAAAACGUGCCGAAUAUUGCCAAUAAUCGUCCCACUUUGUCAGUGUUAUAUAAGUAAACCAGUGAGCACUAUUAGCAUGCUCAGUGGAAAAUAACCCCACACUAUUGCAAACUGGAGGUGAUACUGUGAGUAGCGAAAAUAAAAACUGUCCUUUUGUCCAAAGACACUCUUAUUUUUUUUCCCCCCUUCUAUUCAGUUUCGUUUUUUCGGUCAAAUUUUUUGGCAUAUUGUCCUCAUGAGUUGCUUAUGUUUCUAAUCAAUUUGAAUUUGUUAUUAUUUACUGAUUUUAUUUUUGAUGAUCAAAUGUUAAAAAUGUACCUUGAGUGUAUUUUUACAGUUUGGAUGUGACUUUUUUUUUUUUUUCAAUUCAGGCAAAUUGAUGUGCGUUAAGUCUUUUCUGUUACAAACAAAACAAUGUUGAUAAAGUUAUACUUUAUAAAUUGAUCUCUGUUAUUUUCUGUAAUAGAAAAAAAAUGACAAUGUGAGGCAGAGGCGUACUUAUAAUAGUAAUAUUAUAGACAAAUGAUACUAUUUACAGUGGCGGCAGAGUUUGGGGGGGCACGAAACAUUUACGUCUUCCUUGGGGGGUCGUAACAGAAAAUAAUUGAGAAGCACUGCCUUAAACUAAUGAUCUCCUAAAAGACUAAGGCGAAAAUUAAAAGGGCUGCCAAAAGCAAAACUGGCUACCACCCUCCCACUUCAAAUGGCUUGGACGUCUACUAUCGAUAAACUUAUUAUUUUAGAGUCGUCUAUCAUCAGCCGUUGCAAAUGAUGACAUGUCUCGGUGAGAACAAAUGACAUCUGAAGGCUCUUCUUAAAACAUGCGAAAGCAGUUAGGACUACGAGAAGGCGAGGCGGGGCGCCCAGUCAUGACUUCAAGCUUCUCUUGAUGGUGACAUUAAAGGCAAGGGAGUGUCCAGACAGACACUUUCUUGGAGAGAGAGCGAGCGCGCUGACGCGUCUCCAGGCUUCUGGCGGCCGUCUUUGGACCACACCGCAUCAGUGCCGCAUACUUGAUUUAUGAUUAUUCUACAAUAACAUCAUAACAGCUUCAUCCUCUAUUGGCAGCUUUUACAGCGCCUUGCUUGAUUUGCAAUAAAAAGAGGGAUAUAUUAUGGGAAAAUGACUUUAAUGGCUUGUAUACAAAUAGUUGGGUCUCUGAGCG